ACACUCACCUGUACUAAAAGCUCCCGCAACUGUAUUUGUUACUAUUCCACCGAAGAACUGGAAGUAAGCAGUAGGCACAAUGAGGGUGGUAGUGGUCUUCACUAUUUCUGCCUUGCUAUUACCAUCUCAUCCACGCAGGUCCAGUAAUGUGUGCCCCGUCACUGCAGUGCAAAGCCUGGAAGGGCUUCUGUUUUCCGAAGACGAACCCUGACGGUUGCACUAACGGAGACGUCUCCAAGGACGGCUGUGAGGGCAGGGAAUGUGCUUGUUGCAUGCCAAAAAAAUCAACUUCCACCACAACGCGGCCCACUACCACUACCACCACCACCACCACCACCACCACCACAACCACCACAACCACCACUUCUCCCACUACUACCACCACCACGACUACCACCACCACAACCACCACCACCACCACCACCACCACCACCACAACCACCACCACCACCACUCCUCCCACUACUACUACCACCACGACUACCACCACCACAACUACCACCACCACCACCACCACCACCACCACCACCACCACCACUCCUCCCACUACAACUACCACCACGACUACCACCACCACCACCACCACCACCACCACCACCACCACUCCUCCCGCUUCUACUACCACCACGACUACCACCACCACCACCACCACAUCCCCUACGACUAGUACUACUACUACUACUGCUACUACUACUACUACUACUGCUACUACUACUACUACUACUACUACUGCUACUACCAGCACCAGUAGUCCAAUUUUCGCUGAUUGCCAGUGUGGGGUUCAGAAUGGUGCUCGCAUCGUUGGGGGUAUGGAGGUGAUUCCCCAGAAUAAGUACCCAUGGAUGGUAGGUAUGGCACUCUCUGGGGCCACUUCUUACUUCUGUGGAGCAAGCAUCAUAACUGACCGACACAUCCUCACCGCCGCCCACUGCUUAUUCGAAAUAGAAACCAAGGCCCCGAUUCCCGCUAGUUCAAUCAUGGUGGGCAUCGCAGAUCACAACCAAGUUUCAACGAAUGACGACGUCGUUGGUGUCACCGGUCUCGUUGCAAUUCAAAACUAUACAGUUUUCAGUAGUUACGAUCCAAAUGGCUACGAUUUUGAUAUCGCAAUACUAACACUUAAGGAGCCGUUAAAUUUUACAUUGCAACAAGUAGGCCCUAUUUGUCUCCCUAAAAACAACAACAACACAUACGCAGGAGUUCUCGCCACCGCUGUUGGCUGGGGCUUGACAAUGGAAAACGGAACUCAGCCGGAUGUUCUGAUGGAAGUUCAGGUUCCCAUCAUCGAUCAGGCUUCGUGUGCAAGUAAUAUCAAUGGUUUGACAGGUAAUAUGAUUUGUGCUGGUUUGGAUGAGGGAGGGAAAGACUCCUGUUCUGGAGAUUCUGGAGGACCAUUGUCUGUGGUGGAGAAUGAGCGUCACGUCCUGGUCGGUGUGACUUCCUUCGGGGGUGGAUGUGCGCGGCCCAUGAAUCCUGGAGUGUACGCAAGAGUUACCGAAUUUCUCACAUGGAUAAGUCAAAAUACACAGGGCGGUAAUUACUGUGGCUAAUCAUUUUGAUUUUCAAAGUACUCCAAACAAUUUUAAAUUUAAUUGAAUACAGCACGCUUGCUCAUAUUUCUUUUACAUAUUAAUAUAAUUAAGAAUCGGAGUGCCAUCUGACCUGUCCUUCUGCUUCCUUGAAAGAUAUGAAAAACUAUUUUGUUGCAAAAGCCAACAAUAGCUGGUAACAUUAAAAUAUUUUAUAUUUCCAUAUAUUCACAGGUUAAAGUAUGAGUAUAGUUAAAAGUAGGUGUGAUUAUCAUAUUCAUGAGUGUUCACUGAUAUUUAUUUUCAUGUAAUAUGCUCGUAACAGUAUUUUAAUAUACUGCCACAAAUUGAUGGCUUAGGUUUUUUUCUAUGAGUCUCAAUAUUCACAUUACGGUGAUAAUUAUAUUUUAUAAUGUACUGUAUUCCUAUUUUAUUGUUUGAAAAUACAUAUUGAAUCUUGAAAGUU